AUGAGAGGGCAGCUUGUAAGGGUGCUGGCGGCGGCGAGUGGUGGUGGUUGGGGUUGCGGGAGGGCGGUUCCGGCCUGGCGUCACUCCGGCGGCCCGGGCCGAGCGUCUCACCGCCGGUUGUGGCGGGAGGGGAUGUUGCCUUUCGCCACUGUGCUGCGUGCAGUGUCGUUCCCCGGCCUCGCUCGGGCUGUCGCCGUGUUGUCCGUCGCGGUUGUGCUGUCCCCGCCCACCCGGUGCGCGCUGCGCCGCCGCCCGCCCCUCAGUAACUUUUCUGCAGCUCACUGGUCCCACCUCCAUCCCAUUAACAUGUGUGACAGUUACAGCAUUAAGAAUUUCUACCACAACAAAGCUCUCACCUCCCCGUAUCCCAGAUCGCAUGUUGAGCGUACCCAUGUUCCUGCAGAUAAAGUGGAUUGGUUGACUGAGUGGAAAGACUACCAACCCGUGGAGUACACUGCAGUGUCUAUUUUGUCUGGACCUCAGUGGGCAGAUCCUCAGGUCAGUGAUAAAAGUUUCUCUCCCAAAUUUAAUGAGAGAGAUGGUCAAGUGGAGAGGACAAGUUGGAAUGGCUUGUAUGUGGUUGAGAACGGGAGGCCCCGAAACCCAGCAGGAAGGACAGGUCUCACAGGGAGAGGGUUGCUGGGGCGCUGGGGACCAAACCAUGCUGCUGAUCCUGUUGUGACCAGGUGGAAGAGGGAUAGAAGUGGCAGUAAAAUUGCUCACCCAGUUACUGGCAAAAACAUCUUGCAGUUUGUAGCUAUCAAGAGGAGAGACUGUGGGGAAUGGGCCAUCCCUGGGGGGAUGGUGGAUCCAGGAGAGAAGAUCAGCGCUACUCUGAAGCGGGAAUUUGGGGAAGAGGCCUUGAACUCCUUACAGAAAUCACCUGAGGAAAAAGCAGAAUUGGAAAAGCAACUCCAGAGACUGUUCAGCCAGGAGCACUUUGUGGUGUACAGAGGAUAUGUGGAUGAUCCUCGUAACACUGAUAAUGCUUGGAUGGAGACAGAGGCUGUGAAUUACCACGAUGAAACUGGUGAGACCAUGGAUAACUUACCUCUGGAAGCAGGUGAUGAUGCUGGGAUGGUGAAAUGGGUUGACAUCAGUGAGAAGCUCAAGCUGUAUGCAAAUCACAGCUACUUCAUUAAGCUUGUGACGGAGAAAUGGGGAGCCCACUGGAGUGAGGAACCUGGUAGAUGCUCUGAGUGAUAUAAAGGAGGAACGGACCCAUGUGUGAAGGCUGGUGUUCAGCAGCCUUGGAGUUGAGAUGAUGCUGAACUUCUCAGUGCUCAAAUACAGCAUAUACCACGUGUAAGAGACUUUGUUGCUGCAAGUAACGUGUAAUAAUGACUGUCACCUGUGUACAGCCAUCCAACUGUGGGAUUAGCUCUGUGUACACAGGUCAGGCAGAGCUAGCUAUGAUGGAACAUGUUUUUAGAAGGCUUGAAAUGGCUUCUUUGAAUUUCUCAACGAGUGAAAAAUGAGAUGAACGUGGAGCUGUUAACUUCAUGUCUUAAUUAUUUGCAGCCAAAUCUUUAUAUCAGCAGAACUGCAAGAGAUCACUGGGAUUCUUAAUGUAGUUCUGAGCUACACUUAAGCUCUAUUUUUGCACUUGUUUCUUGUCGGGGUGUAAAUCUCUCACAAGUCUGUGGUUUGUAGGAUGAUGACCUGAAUAGUUACCAAGAUGAAUUAAAGAACUAUGUAUUUGAGUGA